CCCAUCGUCACCUUCCUAUCUUCCUCAUCUCCUCGUCGCUAUCUUCCUGUCCGAAGACUUUUCAACUGGUCAACAAUCCCCACGCUGAAUGAAUUAAUCAUGACUAGCUCCGAACUCCGCUAUCAAGUUAUUCAUAUCUACAAAGAGCUCCUUUUCCUCGGCCGCAAUUAUCCUCUGGGCUACGACUACUUCCGGAACAGGCUACACAAGGCAUUUAGCAGUCAGGCACAUCUGGAUAAUGAAGAGCAGAUUCGGAAAGGUAUAGCACGAGCGGAGUUCGUCAAGAAGGAAAUCGAGGCUCUCUACUACCUCAAGCGGUAUCGCACGUUGAAACAGCGCUAUGAGAACAAAUAGCACCCAACCAUCGCAGCCAACACACGUCGCAGCAAAAAAAUAUACAGAAAUGAAUAUUAUGGCAAUUUGAACCAAAAACCAAAGAGAGAAACGUGGGGGUAUCACC